GUGUGAUGUGGUGUUUCUGCUUCGUGUCAUCGUUUCGUUCCAGCAGUGAAAAAGAGCAGAACGAUGAGCCCGAAAGGUUCCAGGACAAGUGAAAGUCUGUGAAAAUCAGUGUAUAAAAAGUGUCCAUUCGUGUUAUAUUUACUCCGCGUUGUAAACUAGGGAAGAAUGGCACCAGGAUCAAAUAACCAUAACAAUAAUAACGGCAACCACAACCGACAGACGGGCACGAAGCCUAAAACUAAAGCUUCGAAAAAGAAUUCUGUGCCCCGAGAAGUUGUCGCUCCAACCAGACGGGAUCUCCAGCAGCAGCUCAAUGUUCUCGUCGAUUGGGCCACGGUCUCCGGUUCUGCUGCUGCGGUCGUCAAUAGCCAGCAUCAGCAAGGUCAAUCCCAGCAGCUACAGCAGCAUCAAGGAAAUACUGGUCAACAGAACUUUCUACUAAAACCGAGAAACAAUCGCACUCCGGGAGAAGGAACGUGCUACGAAAUCGACAACCUUGCCCUGCAGCAGGAUAACAGUCGCUACAUCCCUGUGCGGCCAAUCGUCCGCCGUAAUCUACUGAGCGAGAGCGGCGGUGGAGGUGGUGGUGGCGUUGGGGACCAAAGCGAGUCACACAAUACCACGGUUGGGGUUGUCAUUCCGACAACACCUAAUUCGGCUCAGCAAACGUUCCGGUUGAAUGAUACCGGAUUGACCGGUACCACCAGCAUUAGCAACAUCCUCAACAAUACUGGCAACCAGAAGCAUAUUCUAAACCCCUUCCAACAGCAGGCCCAGCAGCAGCAUUCUCAACACCAGCAAAUUCCGAGCCUGCGUGCGUCACCACUGAGCUCGCGCGUACCGGACGGGGCCUCCCAGAACCAGCUGAAUUUGAACAAAAACUCCAAUCAACAACAGCAGCUCCACGGGAGCGGGGCAGUGGGCGGAAUUAAUCUCGCCAAGGUGAACUUUGAGGAUAAAUUGAACCAGAUUCAGGAGUACAUUAAACUGACCACAAAUUUGAUCUCAUCGGUGCAGAUUGAUAAUACAGGGGAAACACGGGAAGAAGGGAAGAAUCAGAACAACAGCUUCGGGAAGAUGGGCGACGAGAGUUGCUAUUUUGUGCCUAUCAAUUCGACUAGUUUAGAGAGUGUACGAAACAGCGAUUCUGAGCUGAACGGACCCCGACCCCAGUCGGUUCAAAGUAUUAGCACCACCCACUCGGCGACGCCAGUACAAACCCCUUCGUACGACGAUCUGCGCUACCGAAUGGACAGCCAGAGCAAGAAUAUGCAGGCUUUGAAGGAACAACAGGCGCACCUGCUGCGGUUGCAGGCGGCCGCCCGGCAGCAGUUGCAGGAGAUGGAGGUGAUUCGCAGCCAGACGGCUACCAGCCAUCUUCCGUUGGAGAACUUCGAAUCGGUCGAGCAGGUUCAGGAAGGUAUCAGUGGUGUUAUGGAGCGCAUGCGAGUUUUGGCAACUUUCAUCCAGAACCAGCAGGAGUUGGGAAAUAUGCUGGGCGGGAGUAACGAGGACCUUCUGUGCGAUCAAUUGAUGCUUCAGCAGAAAUUUCAGGAGCUUCGCGACAAGAAAGCGCAGAUGCACAAUUUGGUGUCCGAGUUGCAGAAUCUGAACUUGGAGGCAAAUAGACAGUUUGAGGGGGAAUCAGUCGUCGAGAGGACUGUACCAAUCGAGUUGACUAAUACUCCGGCGGCAGCGGCGGAUUUGCGUAAGGCAACCAAGACCUUCCAUCAGAAUCAUUUAGAGCACGGAAUGAUGAAUGGUGUUGGUGGAUUAGGUGGAUCGCGUGGUGGUUCCAUCACACCGAAGAUAGAAAAUUCGAUCGACGAAGAAAAUGUUGGAGAGGAAUUGAACGGACACGGAGACGAAGCAGAAGCGAUUGCCGGUUCAGACGACGUGCUGAACAAGAAAAUAAACGAAAUAAAUGCAAUGAAAUCACAGCUGAGACGUUUGAAGGAGAUGAUGGACACUGUUAAACUGAUUGAGAUGAAAAAUGGUGAUUCGAUCGACGAGGAGGAAGAUGUUCCCGAGGAAAACGAUGAGAAUCCGGAUACUGCGGAGAAUUCGCGUUCUCCGAGUGUCGCAAGCCAAAUUAGUGAGCAAGCGGGUCCUGGUGAACCGCAGGAUAAGAGGCGGGAACAACUGAAUCAGCGAGUUGAGGCAUUGCAUGCAAUGACGCGUGACCUCAGAGAGCAGGCGAAAUCUAUUGCAGCUGAACGUGAUGCGCUGAAGAAUACCAGGACCGAAAUUCAGAAACGUCGUAAUAAUGUAGUUGAUUUACAGCAACAGGCAGAAUCUCAAAGCACUGAAAAGCUCACCAAUCACGUAGCUUCGUUUGUAUCAUCCUUGCCUACAGGUCCGAAAGAGCGGGAACAGAUGGCUCUCAAGGCAGAGCUUGAACAGAAAAAACGCGAACUGGAACGUAUCGAGAAAAUGACAGAAAGUAUCAAAAAGAACUCUGAGCUAUCUCGUCGCAAUACAGAAGUAGCUCCGCCCAAAGUAUCUUCUGUGUCCUCAGCUGAAUCACUUCGAUCUCAAAGCCAACCGCCCGUGAUUCCACCGCCUCCGGUUGCAUCCGCUGCCAAUAAUACGAGUGCUAGCAAUGCAACAAAUCACUCGAAAAAUUCAGCCGAUUCCGGAGUGACUGACAUUUUUGCCAACGCUCAUUUGGAGUCGGGAAGCUAUCAAUCGAGCAGCACUCGUAGUUUCAAUAUGGUCCCUCCGAUGCCGGAUAUAUGUAACCGUCCUGAUCGCUAUCGCAAAUCGGAGGAUGUGGGCACUUCCACGGCUCGUACCGAUCGAACUUCACCUUGGCCAGCGCAUUUAUUCGCGGGAGCCGGUCCAUCGAGCUCUAACACCGGCCCCCAGAGCCCACAUUUUCAUCCCUUCGUUGGAUCAGAUAUUCACGUCAGUUCGGCAUAUCCGGCAUAUAGCGCUUACCCGGCUUACUCUAAUCUGCUGCCACCUCAUACCCCAAAUUCGGCUCCACCACCACCGGAUCCACUGAUGUUUCAGCAUUUCAUGCAAACCCAACAGAUGCUCAUGAAUUCGAUCACACAGUGUAACCAGCUGUUAUGGAUCCAACAGCGCGAGAUUAAUAAUCUGAACAACGCCGUUUUGUUGCUGCAGGAACGCAUACUCAACAGUGGUAAUAUGCUUCUGAACGAUGCACACGUGAUUCGUGCGGAAUCCACCCCACCGAACAACUCAUUGCACGCAGCAUCCGCACUGUCUAGUUCUAUAUACAGUCGGGCACGUUCGGAGCAGCCAUCGAUGACACAUCAGCAAACCCCAUCCUCUCCGUACCACUCGCUUCCACCAACCGGUACCCUCCAGCAAAACCCAUACGGAACACUGGGAAGCUCCAGCCAAUUCCAAUCCUUCACUCCGACCACCUCGCAGCAAUCGUCCCAAUACUCGGUCAACCAGCAAAUACAGCGCAAUAAUACUAACAUCUCAAACGCUAACGCUACCAGUAGCAGCAGCAGUCAUCGCAGUUAUCGCAAUCUCAGACACGUUAACAUUAACACCGCUAACAACGCUAUCUAUGAGCAGCAGCAACAGCAACAGCUUCAACAGCAGCAGCAGCAGUCGCUUUACGAUCACCAGGUGUCUCUGCAGCAGCAUUCGAAUAACUUCAUGAAUCUCAGUAAUCCCCUUCAGGGCGGGACGUCCGUCAACGGUAACGAGGACGCCAAUCUACAGCACCAGCAGCAGCCGGUGUACAACAAUGCUUCCGUCAGUGGUGGUGGCAGCAGCAGCCUUGGGCCAUCCAAUAUGAUCAACAAUUUGGCCAAUGGCCCCACUGCUGGCAUGCAGCAGGCGGGAUCCGUUAUGCCACCACCGUCACUGCCGCCGCAGCAAGCUUGCUUGAACAAUCUCAACAACAGCAGUAAUCUAAACAGCAGCAACGUCGUUUCUCAGCAAACCCAGGCUCUCAACAAUCAGGUCUUGCCGGGUGUUCGCGCCAACAACUACUGGGACAACUUUAGAAGCUACUCAAGACAAAACCUUCUGUCGAGCAACAGUUGCAAGAGCAACGAAGAUUCCUGCGCGUUCGGUUCGGGUAAUUGCACCAACAACAAUAUCAACAAUCAAAUCCAGCGCAACAACAGCAGCAAUAUCACAAACUACAACAACAGCAAUGCCAUCGGCGGCGGCGGUAGUGGUGCAGGCAGUAGCAGCAGCAGUAAAUAUCCUCCGAAUUUCAACCGUAACAAUUCGUUCAGCAACAUCAACCAGCAAACCGCGUCCGAUUUGGGUCCGAAUUUGCAACAGCCGAGUUUAACCAGUCAUCAUCAGCAGCAGUCCCAGCACUUUCAGACAAUUCCUUCUCAGCAGCAGGAUGCUUCGCAGUUUCAUCAGAUGGCACAGCCAGCAGCGUUCCACCAGCAGCAUCAGCAUCAACAACAACCCCAACAGCAGCAGCAAAUACCGACGCAAUCACACCAACAGCAGCAACCGCUCCAACACACUUCGCUCAACCAAUCAACAUCGUUUGAUCUGGGUGAAUUGCAGUUCCACACGAACCCCAUAAAUCUUGGACUGGCCAACAAAAGUCAUCCGAAGGGAAGUGCCCACAAGAAAUAUCCUCUCUCGCUGCGUUCGUGUCGUGAUGGAAACCAGACCGGAGAAUCCAGCUCCAAUUUCUACGGAGUGGGUGCCCACGCAGAGAUGGUCAGUGAUUUAAAUCUGGCCACCGCCAGUAACUAUCAACAUGAUUCGAAGUCAACUUCAAAACUGUUCGAAGCACUGAAGGAGAAUGUCUAUCAGGAGGUAAAAAACUUGAUAACUGCUAACGAGUCCCGACCACAUUUCUUGAUUCAACUUUUCCGUGAGCUUCAACUGAUUUCCUCCGAUCCACUGCGACAGCGAACACUGCAAUCGAUUCAGGAGUUAUAUAAUCGCUAUAUCGAGUCUACACUGCAGCAGGAUCAGCAAGAGGGAGGUCAUGUUAAUAACGUUGGAAGUAAUAAUCUUGCAUCGUCUGGUUCAACUGCUAUUCUCACGGUCGGUGUUGGCGGGGGCCAGGUAGUCGUGAAUGAUGUCAUCGGUGGUCAACCUCCGGUCGUCGGGGAGAAUGUGGAAAUAGUGGAGAUGGAGGUCGCCCAGACUUUUGCUAACCCUCGCCAGCCGCAGUCCCAACAACCACAACAACAACAAGGCUAUCAAUUUGCUCCAACUGCGGAGAGUACUCCCAUCGCAAAUGCUAUCGGGAACACAUCCGGGACGAACGGCAAUGGGAAAGAGCUGGAACCGAAUGCGUUGGGAAUACCAAGCUCCGAGAUAAUUAACAUCAUUAUGGGGGAUAUUGUGGGGGUCAUAAAUUCGGUGGAUUAUAUCAACGAUUCCGUGCUCUGCAAAAUUGCCGGAGUGAUUUGCAACCACGCUGCAAGUGCGGCCAAUGGUCUGUUUCAGCAUCAGUCGCAUCAGGACCAAAGUGGGCUGCUUCGAACCGCAAUGUUUGGCCCAUCGAUGGCAGCUUUCCUCGCCCACAACGAUCCGACCGAUCUCAUCAGUCGGGAGGAUUUUUUGCGCCACCUGGAGAGUUGGAAUCGAACCGACAAAGAUGAGUUUAUAUCGAAUCUUGAAAAUCUUCUGAAUAACAUUUUGCUGCGAUCGUCGGCCGUUGAGGGUGAUCCAGAGGCGGUAUCGUCUUCGGAUCCGAACGGAGACGAGGAAGGACAAAUGAGAGCUCAGCAGCAGCAGCAGCAGCAACAACAACAGCUUAUGCAACAACAGGUCCAUCACGACUCGUUGUCUAGCUAUAGCAAUGGCAAUAAUAAUACCACCGGAGAGGUGAGCACAGAUAACAACGAAGUGUUUGAGAACCCAUUCUCGCCGCACACUCCCGCUCCCGCUGGGCUAGGGACUGUCGGCGGGGUAAGUAGAAGAGUAUACGGUGCAUCGGAGAGUGAUAAAAUGUCUAAUGGGGGAGUAAGCAGCUCGAAUGGAUACGCUUCCACCACGUAUGACUUGGCGGAGGCCGACCAGAUUUGUGAUAUGGAGAAGCCGCACUCAUCGGGGGCGGUGGGCGGUGGUGUUGGGGUUGCGGGAGUUGUACCUAACGUCGGCACUGAGAACGUGCCACAAAACAAUUUUGACGAACGCUGGAGAGUGCUGCAGAGGAAAUUGGAUGAUGACUUGGCGGACAUCAUGGAAAGGAAUCGUAUGGUGGAAAAAGUUUCCCAAGAUCAACAGCAUCAGCAUCAGCAUCAGCAGCAGCAGCAGCAGCAGCAGCAACAGCAGAGAGGACGAACAAGUGAUGGCUGGCAGAACGAGGAAGACGACGAGGGAAACAUCGAUCAGGAGAUACCCAUGUUCUACUGAGUGUUGCACUGCGAAUCUUGUCGCGGGAACAGCUGUGAGCUUUCGAUCCGUUCCAAAAUUGCUUGGUGUGGAACGAAGAUGAUGAUCUCGUGCGGAAAUUUAGCGCUAUUUGAGGAGGCAGAAGCGCCCGAAGUCGAUCAGCAGUUGCGAUUCGACGUAAGUUACGUUUCGUGUUUGCUGCAAAUUGUCUAUGUGAUAUUUUCAGCGCUCUUUAUUCGCCGCCGCGUUUUUCCUAGCUGAAGAGAGAAACAAAUUAAGUGUAAAACAUAUUAUCCACAAGAACUGUUGAUAGGCCACUGUUGAACAGUUACGUUAACUUCAUGAAACUAUUUAUAUGAAACCCAUGUUUAGAUCUUGCAUAUAAUCGGCUCUCUGAGUAGGAGUAUACAUUUGGCUACGAAAUUCUACAAAUGCUACGACAAUUCAUUAAUCGAAUUCAGUAAUCUCAUACAGGACAAAAUACAUUACUAGCCUAACCUUCA